UGAUAAUGAUUUCCAAUUAGUAAGAAGAACGUUUCUCGUCUCACAAAAUUGUGUCAACAAUUGGUUUCGACUUUCGGAAUUUCUUCCACCAACACGCCUCGUCUUCCCUCUUGUUUAUUUGUUUCACACAAAACACACACAAUGUAUAUGUGUGUAUGUAUGUGAGUAUAUCCGUAUGCAUGCAUGUAUGUGCAUGUGUGUAUACAUGCAUGCAUCUAUGUAUGUGUAUGUAUGUGCGUAUAUAUGUAUGUGUGUAUACGUGCAUGCAUCUGUGUAUGUGUGUGGUUUGCGUGUGUGUGUGUGUUCUCUUUUGCUUUUAAUUAUUUAAAUUCUUCCUUUGAAGAAGGAGCUGAUUUCUGACAAACAUACAAAAUCCCACCAUUGCGAUGUAGAUAACAAAACCAUGUCACAUUUUAAACUUGAGAAAAGUUUUGUAUAUUUUUACUCUUUCACGAAGUCGACCUGGGCGGAAUUUGAACUCAGCGUGCUAACUUUUCUGCCACCACGCUGCUUUAUCCAUUUAGAAGUAUCAACGCUAUGGUAAGCUAUGAUGUAAGCAUCAACAAUAAUGCUGACAGUGUUUCCCAGCUCUGCAUGAUUUAGAGAUUUGCUGUUUUAAUUUCAAAUCCCUUCAAGUGUCGAUAAUGUAAUACCAAUAAUGUUCUCGAGUCAACUGCUUUGAUUGAGUCGCUCUCCUAUUAAUAUCAUUGUUGCCUUGUCAACAUAUCUAUCUAUCUAUCUAUCGAUUUAUUUGCCUACACACACACACACAGAGUGUCCCAAAAGUCACUGAUAGGUUUCAGUUUUUAAUAACUUCCUUAACUUUACAAAUAAAUGCAUGAAAGUGAAAUUUUGAUACAAUCUAAAGGACAUAAUGGAAAUUAAUAUGCAUAAACAGCAGCCAUGUUCGGCUUCGCCCGCCUGCGCUCUGUCCAAAACUUGUACCAUAACACCCUCAAGAAUUUCAGACCUCACAUCUCUGAUUUCUCUAUUGAUGUUGUCCUUCAGUUGCACCAGGGUCUUCAGUUGGUUCAGGUAUCCUCACAAGAAAAAAUCCGGGCUAAUCAAAUCUGGUGAACAUGAAGGCCAGUUGACAUUGCCAAGCGGGUGCCGUAGCAACGGCAUUAUUUCUCUUGCGGGAUGAGCAGUUGGUUCAUCUUGCUGGAAUUAUGUGCGAGGUCUACUUUGAAUGGCCUUCACGUUUCCCAAUCUUGACUAGCUCGGAUUUUUUUCUUGUGGCCAGUGGUGUGCAGUCGAGACUUGCUAGUCAUGCACUGCAUGUCCGUUCAUUUUUAUAUAACUCAAAAAUCAAUUUAAGAACUUAAUGUAUUUAUAACUAGAUCGAAAAGUUGUCCAAUUCAUUGGAAACUGAGCUGAAAUAGUUACUUUGUUUCAAAGGAAACCUAUCCAGAUUGAUACUUCGCUGUUUCCAUUUUGCUUCCACUGGGCUUUAAGAGAAACGCAUAUGAAAUCUUUUGUCCCCGCCCACCUUCCUAUCUUUCAUUAAUUAUAAUUUCAAUGCCUGUAAGAUCCUUUUUUAUCUCGAUAAAAUAACUACGGAAGGCAUUGUUUUCACAAAAACGCAUGUUUCGGCUUUCCCUCCCUUUCUAUCAGUUUUUCUUUGCCAAAAAUCCUUUGUAAUUGAUGUUGCUAACGCGACCGGCUAAAAACGUUGAAUGGGUUCCACUUCUUUGGUCCGUUAAAAUUCUGACCAAAACACAUCAGCAAUCCCAGAAUUCUUUGGUCGGCUCAAAUGUUGCCGUGACUUUGGAAUAUCGAUUUCGCUGUGUCCCGUUGAUUUUGGUCAAGAGAAACUGCGGCACAUGUUCAGUACAAUAUGAAAAAGAAAGCCAUCAAAGAAAGCUCAGUAGCAGAAACAAUGUUAGACAUUAUCCAGAAAACACACGUUCGAUCCCAGUUACUAUUCACUUGCAAUUAUUUCAACAUGGCUACUUUGAGUUUCGAAUCUGUUCUUCUAGUAACAUUAGCACAGUAAUAGAUGCUGAUUGUUUAAAGACUGACAAACUGAAAAUAAAGGAAUCAGGGAGUACCCUAUAUUAUCCUCAAUCUAAAGGCUGGCAUCACAUUAAUUUGGAGCUGUUCCAGGAAAUCAAAUGCAACCAGUGCGUUCUUCAAUGGAAAUAUAAAACUAGUCGUUGUGAAAAUGGCAGUGAGGGACGUGUUUGUGGCUAUGAAAUGCAGUUUUACAAUUGUGCAGAUAUUGCUUUUGAUAAAUUAAUCCCCAAUAAUGGCGCUGAAGAAGAAGAGAUGAAAUUCCAAAAUACUCGAAAGAAUGGAAGAAGAAGAAAGAAAAGAAAUGCAUUACCCUUAUCUUCUAAAAUUUGUAAACCAAACGAGAUGUGCAGGCGACGAAGUGUACUGCAAUCACUGUUUAGCAAGAACUUCCUUGAAUACAACGAUUCCAGUUCAGUUAUGACCGAAAGUAUUUCUGCCACAUUGCUAAUGUCAGAAAAUUUACUAGCAUCACAUGGAGCUCUUCAUGAGGAUGAAUUAAGUCUGUCUGAGCCUGGCUCUGCAUCGGGGCAUUAUUUAAAUCUAUUGGAACCAAGCGAUUUCAGUGACUAUGGGUCAGGUGGUGUACAAUCAGGUGACCACAGGUCAAAUGCGUUUUCUGUUGAAGCAUCUGCAACUACUUUGGAAUCACGAAAUCUGAAUGCAAUAAAUCAAAUUCGAAAGAAUGGUACGAAUGAAAAUAAAGACAUAUCUCUAAAGGUGAAUAUGUCUUUGAUUAAUAAGAAGAAAUCAGCUUCAAUACAUCUGAAUUCUUCUAGAUCCAUUAAUAUAAGUGAGUGGCAAAAAACUGCAAUGGAAAUGCAAAGUCAGGCUAAGAGACCUCAUCAAAAGCUGUCUUCCUCUGAUGGGGAAAGAAGAAGAAAACUGAGAACAAAUGCAACACUAACCGAUAAAAACUGGUCUUUGGGAUCGAAUUCUUUAGUUGCAGAAGAAUCACUUCCCAUCACAGCCCCACCUCAGUUGUUAACAAAAGAUAACUACUCAGGGGCUAAAAAAACAAACAAUUCUCUAAUUAGUUUGAGUGAUAAAACCAAUACAAUGGUUCCAUCAAAAAGAGAUGAGACAAAUAAACAACUCACGGCAACAGAAAAGAUUGAUUUAACAAUAUUUCCAACAACAGCAAUACAACAACAUUCAUCGGGGACUAACGAUUCCAUUCCUAAACGUUCGGAUAAGACGAAAACAAAAGAGAAGAAUAAUUGUACAGAUGGUGAUAAUUGUGCCUUUAAGAAGCAUGAAUGCGAAAAAAGAAUUGAAUGUAGCCAAACUCAGAACGGAACUAUACUGUGUGUGACUGUGGAAUCCUGUUCUUUGAUAACAGAUAUUUUUCAGGGAUUACCGCAUUGUAGUGGUCAUGGUAAAACACUUAGAUGCAGAGGACGUGGUAUCUAUCGUUACAUGAAAGGAAUAUCGUCUUGGUGUGAGAAAAUGUGUAGGAAUCAGGGCUGCCAAUUAUCUGUGUGUAACUGCGAUUGUCGACGGAUAGUCUCGUGUGGAGCUGUCGGCCUUUUCAGAAUAGUUCCUGGUUCUACAAUUUGGUGUCAGAUAAACUGUGCUAAUAACUAUUGUCCGUCAACACACUGUGGGUGUCAGUAAGGUCUCUUAAUAUGCUCAACAAUUGGCUCAAUUGCCAUUUGCUUCGUUAUUUUCCAUCUAUGCUCUUCAAUUUUUCAUCAUUUGUGUAGGCGAAACGUUAUGUUUGAGUGACAUACAGAUAAGUGACAAAUACGAAAUCAUUAACAUAACUUUAGUCAGUAUCUCAUAACUACCAAGUCGAAUGACCAUGGGAUUGCACCUAGAAAGUUCCCCUCCAAGGCACAAGUCCGGGCAAGGUUGUGUAUAGAAGACCAGCAGUCGCUUCAUGCAUGCCAAUCUCCUCUCUCCACGGCAAAGGCAAAGGGACCGAUACAGCUUGGCACCAAUGAUGUUGCAACUCAUUUCUACAGCUGAGUGAAUUGGAGCAACGUGAAACAAAGUGUUUUAUUUAAGAACAGAACACAACACAGCCGGUUUGGGAAACGAACCCACAACCUCACGAUUGUAAGCCCGAUACUCUAAACACUGAGCCAUGCCCCUUCACUGAGUAAAUGCAGUGGUUAUUUUUUUGUAAAAGCUAGAUAGACCCGACCAUAUUGUACGGAAUGUAUAGUUAUGAACCUCACUCUUGUUUCAAAUAAAUUUAUUUCUUUUGCUGAAUUUGCUUUAUACUUCAUUAGAGAAUAAAAAGUAUAACAUUUGAAACAAA